AUGGUGCACGCAACCUCCUCCCUGCUGCUGCUGCUGCUCAGCCUGGCUCUGCUGGCUCCCAGACACUCUGCCAAAAAGUGCUCGCUGACCGGGAACUGGACCAACGACCUGGGCUCCAACAUGACCAUCAAGGCUGUGAAUGACAAGGGCGAGUUCAGAGGCACCUACUACACAGCUGUAGCAGACACGCCAAAUAAGAUCACGAAGUCACCGCUGCUUGGUAUCCAAAACAUCACGGUCUGCCAGCCCACCUUUGGCUUCACGGUUGGAUGGACUUUUAUAGAGACCACCACUGUCUUCACGGGUCAGUGCUUCAUAAACGAGAACGGCGAGGAGAUCCUGAAGACCAUAUGGCUGCUGCGGUCAAAUGUUACUAACAUUGGCGAUGACUGGAAAGCCACCAGGGUUGGCAACAACAACUUCACUCGCCUGCACACAGAGAACAUGGAUGGCCCCACAAGUCCCACGUCAGCAACAAUGCUGGAGUGCUGA